AUGCGCCGUCUACUUGCAGUACUGUGUGGUGCUUGUUUCCUGCUACCAGCGAGUGCAUUGAAACAUCACAUUCUGACCAAAAGCUGGGACGAAGCUCAGGCUGAUUGUUUCGAGUAUCUACGCAUCGAAUCAUCUCGGUUGGCGCCCUAUCUCGCACACCGGUACGAAGAUACCCAGACGGCGAAAGAACUGAUCUUCUGCAUUGCGCUGAAUCUGCGCGUAUACGAGGCAACGCAAAAUGUGCUGCGCGCUGAGUUACUGCGUCAAUUCUUCAACCCCGACGUGGAUGACACGCUGUACGUGAAUCGCACCAACGAAUGUCUUCGGCGUGUUGAAUGUCCACGGAAAGAGGACAGUUACUACGGCAAACACCCUUACGUCGGUGCGAUCGAGUCGGUGUACAUGAUGUUCCGAUGUUUUUAUCACUAUUACGGCAAUCUCAAUCAAAAUGCACCGGAACUUCCACCGACCGUGCUGGAACUGCAGCAGAUACAACAAGAGUGUGCCAAAAUCACCGGCAUUCCGGAGGGGUUGCUUCGGUGCGGAUCACACCUGAAAGGUCAUCCGGCGUAUAGGAAAUUUUCGCACUGCGUUUUGCUGAGGAGCGGAAAACUCGCACUAGAAUUAUACGACAAUGCAAUAAAAAGUUUAUAA